AUGGCCCUGCCGGUCCCUGUCCUGGCUGUGCCUGUCCCCGACGCGGCACGCACCGGCAGCAAUCAGUCAGAGGUGAAGGAAGAUGCCCGAGUUCGCAGCCCUCCAGAGGCCGCCUGUCGCUGUCCUCCUCAGGGCAAAGAGAAGCCCCGGCAGCGGCUCCAGCUGUGCGCCAGCUGCGGGGUAGACAUCCACGACCGAUAUCUCCUCAAGGUGAAUGAGCAUCACUGGCAUUUAGGUUGCCUGGAGUGCUCUGUGUGCAGGACGUCACUCCGCCAGCAAAGCAGUUGCUACGUCAAGAACAAACAAGUCUACUGCAAGCUAGACUACUUCAGGUUUGGCACUCAGUGUACCCAGUGCCACCGUCAGAUGUACGCUAGUGACUGGGUGCGGCGGGCGCGGGGCAGCGUUUACCACCUGGCCUGCUUUGCCUGCUUUUCCUGCAAACGCCAGCUGUCCACGGGCGAGGAGUUUGGCCUGGUAGAGGGUAGGGUGCUAUGCCGGGCCCACUAUGAUGCCGUGCUGGACAAUCUGCGCAGAGCCGCCCAAAACGGAACUGGACUGACCCUGGAGGGGGCACUGCCCUGCAACCCGGGCUGCCAGCCCAAGCCAGCCAAGAGGGCACGAACGUCGUUCACAGCAGAACAGCUGCAGGUGAUGCAGAGCCAGUUUGCCCAGGACAAUAACCCCGAUGCUCUUACGCUUCAGAAACUGGCAGAAAUAACGGGACUGAGUCGACGGGUCAUACAGGUUUGGUUUCAGAACUGCCGUGCACGCCACAAAAAGCAGGAUCCACUUCUUCCUCCACCUAACAGUGGAUUCCCCCAUCAGAGCUCCCCACUGGCCAUGAGGCCCUCCUCCUCUUCCACCUCCCUACACGAACACUGCAGCCCCUUCUCUUCUUGCAACAGCCCAAACAGAUGUCUACUGGCCCGGCAUGGAUACCCAGACAAUCAUCCCUUCACAGCAGUUGCCGCUCUCCCCGGACACUUGAGCCAUCCUGGCCUCCCAAUGCCACAAAUGCCCAUCAGCCGCUAA